AUGGAAAAUUCAACCAUGAAAAGAAGUCCUAUGCCGGAUAAUGAAGUAAAGAUUCUGGAACCAAUAUUAGUAAGAUUAAAUAGAAAUGGUGCUGCAGCUCGUGAUAUUCAUAUUGAUAAAUCUGAGUUCAAAAUAGGAAGAGCAAGAGAUAACGAUGAGAUUAUAUUGGACACAUUGAUAUCUAGAAAACAUUGUAUUAUAAGAUAUGAAGGGAAUGGUGAAUGGACUAUCAAGGAUUUAAGUUCUAGUUAUACUUUUGUUAAUGAUGUUGUUCUUGAAUCAGGAAGUACAAGAAAAAUUUUGGUUGGAGAUAUUAUUCAGCUUAGUGCAAAUAGCAAUUAUAAGUAUGUGUUUACUCUUAAUCUUACGGAAGAAACUAAUCCUAAGAAGCAGCGAAUUGACAAACAAUUGUUUAACGACGUCUUGACAGAGCAAAGGACAUUUGUUGAAAGUCAUGAAAGUCAGAGAAAAGAAUUAAAGGAUAAGUUAGAAAAUAAGCAAAAAGAACAAUUAGAGUUAAAAGAAGAAUUGAAUAUUUUAUUGAAACAAUGGGAUAUGGUACAUGAUAAGGAAGAUUUAAAGAAUCAGAUUGUAAAAUUAGAAGAUAAAAUAGCAGCUGGUAAUAAUCAAGAAAAAUAUUUACAAAAUAUGUAUUCUAAAUUACUGAAAAAGUUAGAAAAUGAAAGGACUCAAUUUGAAGCUCGUUUAAAUGAAGAGAGACAAAAAUGGCAAGAGGCACUUGAUAUAAGUAAACAAGAAAAAGAAUUAUUGGAAAUUAAAAUGAAAGAACAAAUGGAAAAAUGGAGGGAAGAGCAACAAGCAGAAUGGAAGAAUAUGAUGGAGAAUAGAGUUAAGGAAGAGAAAAAUAUCCAAGCGCAAUUAUUAACUGAAAAAAUUGAACUAGAAGAAAAGCUUAAAGAAACUGAAAAAGCUUUAAAAGAUAAAGAAAUUAAAUCAGUCUCUGUACGAUCACAAAAUGCACCUGGAUCUAGCAUGCUUAAGGAAGACAGUUGUAUAUUGCUUGAAGUUGUGGAUACCUCGAAUCUACGUAUUAUAGAUACUAUAGAUCUGACAGAAAAUAAUAUGGACAAUAUCAUCAUAUCCAAAGAUGCAAUGGACACAGUUAGUAAUAUAAUGGACGAACAAUUGACAUGUAGUGUAUGCUCUGAAUUAUUUAUAAAAGCAACGACUUUGAAUUGUAUGCAUACAUUUUGUCUUCAUUGUAUUAAUACAUGGAAUAAGAAACGCAGAGAAUGUCCAGUUUGUCGAGCUCCAGUUAAAUCAAUGAACAGGUCUUUAGUUGUAGAUAAUUUCAUAGAAAAGAUGUUAGAUAAAUUACCUAUGCAUAUGAAGGAUAGAAGAGCGGAAAUUGCAGAAGAACGUAAAGAUCGUCAGAUUGAAACCCAUUUAGUUGGUGCUAUAAAAGACAUAAGGUGA